UUCAUAAAGAUAGCAGACUGAUGGUGGCUCUUUCUCUAUAAAAACACUUGCUCGGACAGCUUGUGUCUAUCACAGGGUUGCGCGCAGAGGCACGAUGGCAGCACAGCGAGAUGGGCCACUGUUCGUAAUCAAGGUCAGCGACAUCCCGAACAGCGCAAAAGUACGCGAGCUUCGAAAAGCAAUCGGUGUCGCAGCCAAGUCGAUUCGAAGAGAGCCGCCCAUUCGCUUCGGUGUCGAGAUAAGAAAAAAGGAGGGAGUCCGGUAUGGCAAGCUCUCUUUCACAGAGGGGGAAGUGAUCCGACUUUGGCUAAGCCGCUACGGCAGUCGUCUCGGCGAGCGGAUCGUGGUCAAAGACCAGCGCCUGACCUUUGCGCCUCUGGAAGAGGUCAUUGACAAGUGGCAGAUCUCGGCGAUUAACAACCAGAUCAAAGAUCGACAAUGGGAAGGUUCCGACUAUGACGACAUCCCCGAACCACCUCGUCUGUCGAUUGUCGACGUCUCUUGUGGUGCCUGGGACUCACGCAAUGCGUACUGCCAGGGAUGGGGACGGUUAUGCCAGGAUCCCAAGUCCUGUAUGACGUUCGACGUCGACGAGACGAAGCUCAGCAUCCGUAUCGAUGACCUUGUCAUUGAGACGGUGUCGGUCAAUAUUCUCCAUGUCAUUCUCGUGGGCAAGGCAUUGUACAUCGAGCUAGGCCACCCACCGCUCUUUCUUCGCGAAAUUGCGAGGGUGAGCACGGCAGCGCCGACUACUUUUCCAAGCGAGCCAGUGUCCAAGCAGGUGCUCCCAAGACGACCGCGUGCAAAUUACCGACGACUUCUUGAGUGUCAAGAAGAUCAUGAGGGCGCCAUUGAAUUUGACAGAGUGGGAGCAUUUGACAGCCAGCACAUGCCAGUUGCACAGUACUGCAACGUCUUCAGAGUUGGCGCUUGCACCGUGCAAGAAAUCAAGUCCUUCUACGACCUCACCCAAAGACGACUUCCUAAGCUGAAAAAGGUCUCUUCGAUUCCAAUGGGCGAUCCGGCAACCUUCUCGGCACAAACAAUCUCGUCGCUAAAUGCCAUGUUCGAAAAGCUCUCGUUCGAGGUGGCUUUCCAGGCUCAGGCUCUAAUUGGCCCUCGGUUGCUACCCUUGGAGUUGCUCAGCUUGAGAAAGCAAAUUGUCAAGCUGGAAGCGCGUCUCGGACCGUCAGCAGCCCCAGCUCUGAGGAGCCUCAAAGCCCACCUUUGUGACCGCGGACCAAUAGCCGAGAAGGAGAACUGGCCUUCAUUUUCCCUCGAUCAGAUGUCCCGAGAACUCGAAAGAGCAGAGCAAGGGAAAACCCUCGAAGCCCAACUCCAGACGCGGUCCAAAACGCUCACGCACACCGCCCAGCUCACGCCGUCGUAUGGCUGCUUUCUCGACGGACCCCACCUCGACGACGGUAAUCGUAUCCUUCGUCAAUACCCUGGUAAAGACGUUCACUUUCUCCGCGUAAGGUGCAUCGAGGAGAAUGGCUCCGUGUUGCGCGUCUCGCAGAACGGAAUCCAGACAAAGGCCAUGAUCGAGGAACGCUUUGGCACCGCUCUCCGUCAGGGCAUUGUUGUAGCUGGCAGGAGAUUUCAGUUCCUCGCCUUCAGCGGCAGCAGCCUUCGCGAAAGCAGCUGUUGGUUCAUGCGCCCUUUUCAAUUUCAUGGUACGAGGGUCCGGCCAGACACGAUCCGACAAAGCAUCGGCGCACUCGAUCACAUUCGCUGCCCUGCCAAAUACGCCGCUCGGAUGGGGCAGGCAUUCACUGCCACACCAUCGAGCAUCGAGAUCCAUCCAAGCCAAAUAAAACGUAUCGAGGACGUCGAAGUUGGCAAAUACUGCUUCACAGAUGGCAUCGGAACCAUCUCACCGGCUCUUGUCAAAAGGGUGACGGAGGAAAUGUACGAAUUUGAGCCGCCCACGCCUCCCACUGUCUUUCAGGUCCGAAUCGGCGGCGCAAAAGGUGUACUUGCCAUCGACACGAGGCUUGAGGGCGAGCAGGUAAAUCUCCGCAACAGUAUGGUCAAAUUCGAGGCAACGAGCACCAGACUCGAGAUCGCCAAUGUCUACAGAAAGCCACUUCCGAUGUUCCUCAACCGACCCAUGGUCGCCCUUCUCGAGAGCCUGGGGGUGCCAAAAAGGGCUUUCAUGGCCUUUCAGAACGCUGCCGUCCAAGGGUUGCGCGAUGCAACGCGGUCCGUCGAUGCUGCAAGGGCCCUGCAUCUGCAUUACGGCAUGGGUCUUAUCUGCUCCGACGUUCUCUCGGCUCUCGCCACGCGGGGGAUCAAUGGCUUCGGUGCCGCCUUCCUGCGAGAGGCGAAUUUGGGCCUCGUCAAUUUCGCUCUGCGAAACGUGAAGUACCGAGCUAGGAUUCGCGUCCCGAAUUGCUAUACACUACUCGGUGCAAUUGACGAGACGGGUGAAUUGGGCCCUAAAGAAGUCGUCGUCGCCAUAGGCUGGCCAGGUGAGCCAAUGCAGUACCUUGAAGGUCGCUGCUUGGUCGGACGUUCGCCCAUGACUGCGCCUGGCGACGUUCAGUUCGUCACGGCUGUCGUUCCUGCCGCCGACUCUCCUCUGCGCGCCCUACGCAACGCCCUUGUCUUUUCUCGAAAAGGCACGCGUCCUGUGCCAAGCAUGCUGGCCGGUGGCGACUUGGACGGAGAUCUGUAUAAUGUCAUCCAAGAAAAGUCUCUUCUGCCCAAGGUCACGUACAAAGCGGCGACGUAUCCGCGGCUAAAGCCCCAGGAGCUCGACCGAAAUUGCACAGUCGACGACGUUAUCACAUUCUUCCUCCAGUUCAUCGAGCAUAAUGUCAUUGGGAUAGUCGCCAAUCAUCACUUGCACCUCUCCGAUCGAAGCAACAAAGGUGUCGUUGACAGGGCCUGUAUAAGACUCGCAGCGCUGCAUAGCAUCGCCGUCGACUACAGCAAGACGGGCAUCCCAGCACCAGUCAAAGACUCGCCAUAUGUUCCUGCUGAAAAGCCAGAUUACUUCAUGAAGGAGUAUCGGCUGGAAGGUCGCGACAGUCGCCAGCACCCUCGAGAGAGGGAGCUCUUUUACCAGAGUAGAAAGGCGCUCGGCGAGAUGUUCCGUGCCAUCGACGUACAGAACAAGCUCACAGAGUGGAGCCGUCUGGCGUCUUUGCCGUUAUCGGAAGCAAAGCCAGAGAGUAGUGACGGACAAGAGGAGAAUAGCUGGUCGACCAAUCUCUGGGACGAAUUGAAACGAGACGGGCGCGCUGAUGGCUACCAUCGCCACCUGGCGAGCGUCACGGCCGUCUUGGACUACUAUGACCGCAACGUCGGCGUCUUGCGGAGGGAUUAUAGUCCCUUCAAACGGAGCCUGCUCUCAGAGGAAGAAGUGUUUAUGGGCUGCAUUAUUGAGCGAGGUCCGACGCAACAAAGCUUUAAUGACUUCGACCACAUAAAUCGACUCCAAGACGAGUACGAGUCGAUCUGCAGGAUUACGAGGCAGCUCGUCUUUUUCCGCUCCUCAGACUCGCCUGUCCAAGGUCACUCCAAUGGUCUUUCCCGCGCUACCUCAAAAGGCCAUUCGGGCAACAACGGUGUUGGGACCGCGGGGCUUAAGGGAAGUGAUCCAGCCAAGCACCCCAGUGAACGCAAAUCGAGCACGGUCGAAGAAAGUCUUGUCCGCCGCUGGAUCCUCUACAGCAGCGAUCGCUUCGAUGACGACGUUGCUAUUGGAAACGAGGUCCAGAAAGUCCCGCAAGAGCGUGUUGCGAAGGUCAAGCGCGAGCUCAUCGGCGUCAUCACCAAUGGCCUAGCCUUUUACAGCGUAGCACUCAAAAAGUCUGCGGGCAGGAGCGCACCAUGGAUUGUCGUGUCGGCCAUCCUGCGAGCACAUCGAUAUCUCGACGCCUUUGAAGGCAAGAAUGCGGUUCCGAACGGGAUGUCUAAUGCUGUCUUCAGUCGAGAACUCAAGACUCCAGAGACUCCCGCGACGCCAGACGAGGUCAACAGAGUCGGAGACGACAAUAGCGAGGGAACAGACCAAGAUGAGAGCAACGCGGGAGACGGCCUUGCGCUGAACAACGACGAUCUGAUGCUUGGGUUGGUAGGCAAUAUCUACGAGGGCCUGGAGGUGCUCGACUCGUACGACGAAGUCGAAAAGCUGCCCUCGCCGGAGAGAACAGAGAGUCUUGAUGGCAGCAGUGUAGUCGACUCGCUUGCCAACAUUACCACUUCGAAUGACAACGUCGUCGCAAACAAGACUGCUGGCGAGGAAAGUGCCGACCCAGAUGCGAGCCAAGAGGGCACAGACGACGAUGACGACGAUGACUUUGGCUUCGAGGCGUUUACGAGGAAGCCGAUGACGGGCAGAGGAGGCGGAGCCUAUAUGACGAGCGACGAGGAGGCCUCGAGUGACGAAGAAUAGCCACAGAAGAUCUAGCACGCCGCCCGUUGGAACGCUUACACGCAUCACGAACAUGCCAAGAGUGCUUCUUCAAAGAUUGAAGCUAGAACAAAAGGGCGAGAUCCCCUGUCACGAU